AUGGCUUCCAAGCAAGACACGAACAUCGCCGCCGUCUCCUACGACGAGCUGGUCGACAAGGUCGAGACCGGAUACGUCGACGCGCCGAGCACGCCCAAGGCCGGCUCCGCCUCGCACGGCAAGGCCCCGUCGCGCUACGCCGUGCAGAGCGUGCACAUGCGCGAGUGCCUGGCCGAGUUCCUCGGCACCUUCGUCAUGAUCGUCUUCGGCAUGGGCGUGAACAACCAGGUCGUCAACUCCGAGGAGAAGAACGGCACCAUCAACAUGUGCUGGGGCGUGGCCGUACUCAUCGGCGUGUACUGCUCCGAGGGCAUCAGCGGCGCCAACCUCAACACGGCUGUGACAUUGGCGCACUGCGUCUACGGCCGCCUGCCGUGGUGGAAGGUGCCGGGCUACAUGCUGUCGCAGCUGCUGGGCGACUUCUGCGGCGCCUUCGUCAUCUACGUCAUGCAGUACCAGAACCUCAACGUCAUCGACCCGCAGCGCGAGACCACAGCAGAGCAGCUUCGCCACUUCGUGGGCACGGCCAUGCUGGUGCUCAGCAUCUACGCCAUCACGAAUAGCAACCACAGUGUACCUAACAUGUAG